UGCACUAUAAAUAUGCAUUAUUUGAAACAGUUCGGUAUCAAUUAAGAAACUUCAGUGAUCUUACAAACAUCUUCAACAAUUCAAACAACUAUACGAAAAUGUUCGAAAAAGUCGUCAUCUUUACUUUGGCAACACUAUGUGUGAUUGUUUGGUCAUACCCAAUGGAACCAGAACAACAAAUACACGAAUUAAGACGUGAACGUCGUUCUCCAUUUGGAGCAUUUGGAUCCCGAAAUAACUUUCCAGGUGGUGGACAUUCACAAACUGGAGGCUUCCAACAUGGGCCAUUCAGUGCUUCUGUCUCACAAGGUUUCAAUCAUCGAGGAAUUGGAGGUCCUCAAACCUUUGGUGCAGGUGCUAAUUUCGCUAAUCCAAAUACUGGAAGUGGUGUAAACUUCGGUGCAAGUAAAACACCGUCAUUCGGUGGUUCUGCAACAGCUGGUGGUUCAUUAAAUUUACAUCAUACUCCAAAUGGUAAUUGGAACGCUGUAGGACAACAUACUCAACAUUAUGAUAAAAAUUGGAAUCGUCUUGGGCAUUCAAAUUAUGGUGGAAUUCAAUAUCAAAAUAAAGAUACUAGUUUUGGAGCUGGUGCAACACGUAAUGCACCAAUUUAUGGUAAACAUAAUACAGAGUAUGGUGUGAAUUUUGAGAAGAGAUUUUAGGAAAAUUAAACAUUAUCUCCAAUUUCCAA